CAGUUAUUAAUUUAUCGUAUUCCCUACUUCGUACGCGCACAAAAAGAUCUCGUCAUCGCCAUGGGAAAAAGAAAAAGAUCGCGUUCAAGGGACGACGAUUACGACAGUAUAUUAAAGAAAGUUAAAAAACUGGAAAAACGGUUACAAAACUGUCGACGAAGUUAUUCGCGCUCGCCGUCCAUUGAACAGGAAAAUAUAGACGUGAAUAUAGACGGUCAUCAAUCGGAAGUGCAGUCGCCGUUGCGCGACAUGGAAUUUACUGAACCAGAUAAUAAAGAUAUCGAAAAUGAAGAUUGUGUAAAUGAAAACAAUGUAGAUAACGCCGAGCAGACUACGAACGUGGAACCUGAGUUGGACCCUAAUAUUUUAAGCAUCUUAGGAGAUGACCCCCAAAAUCAGACCACUUUUGGCGAAAAAUUACACAAGGAUAUUUCAACUAGAUGGCAACAUAUUUUGUUGAACGGGCUACAAAAGGAAAUAAAAUCUGAAUUGAUUAAAUUAUACCCUGUCCCCGAAAAUUGUAGUAAUUUAAAGGCGCCAAAACUUAAUUUAGAAAUAAAGGCGGCACUUACUGAAGUGAAUUUGAAAAAAGAUAACUUCAGUGAAAAUAAGCAAAAUCAGCUGUCUAGCGGUAUUGCAGCCCUAGGAAAAGCAUUAAGCGUCGCAUUUGGUAGCAACCCGUCUUCUCAAGACCUAAUAAAAUACCUAAGCGAUGCAGGACGCUUGUUAUGCGAUUACCACUACAGAGAAUCACAAUCACGUCGAUACUCCAUAAUAAAUACUCUGAAUAAACAGACUCGCGAUACUAUCAGAGACAGUAAAUUGGACGAAUACCUAUUUGGAUCUGAUCUGGCCGACCACUUGAAGUCGUCUAAGGCAAUUGAGAAAUCGGGACUAGAAUUAAAGCCCGUGUACACGCCGCGGGUGCAAUCCAGGGUCGUUCCAGCCACUCAACCUCAUCGAGGGGCUUUAAACUCACGGGGGGCGUCGCGGACAGCAGCCGCCGAGACACGCCCGUACGCCGCUGCCCGCAGACAACCAGCGCCCGCGCCGACGACCAGGGAUGGCAGGGAUCGCCGCUACGAACCGUCGACGAGCCGCUCGAGCUACCAUCAUCGUCAGCGAGGGAGGAGACGCUGAGCACCGCGUCGCAGAGCCUGCCACCCACUGCACUCAAGCCUUUCCCUGGUGGCCGCGAAGUUAUCGGGCAGUCGUUUAUAAGGAGAGGAACACCUCAUAGCUCCCUAAAGGUUGUCUUGGCCUCUUUUUCUGAUAAUACCAUUUCUCAGUAUAGUUCAUCAUUAAGAUCAUGGUGGACAUUUUGUCAAAGGAAUGAUUAUGAUUUUUACGAAGCUACACCUUCUCAACUUUUAUCUUUUUUAACAGAGUCAUUUGAGAAUGGUGGCAGCUAUAGUACACUUAAUUCUCAUCGAUCAGCACUAUCGAUUGUUCUCGGAAAAGAAAUAACCACAAAUUAUUGUAUAAAUCAGUUUCUGAAAGGAGCAUUCAGAUUAAAUCCUCCUACACCUAAAUAUGAUCAAACAUGGGAUCCUGUUAAAGUUUUAAAUUACCUAUCAAAGUUGUACCCGUAUAGUAGUAUUUCGAUUAAGGACCUAGCUUUUAAGUGUGCCACAUUGCUGGCCAUCGCUUCCGCACAGCGGAUGCAAACUUUGAGUCUGAUUAAAUUAAAAAAUAUUUCUAUUGAUAACGAUGCCAUUGUAAUUAAAGUGCCAGAUUUAAUUAAAACUUCCCGACCUGGAGCUUUUCAACCAAUGAUUAAAUUACCCUUUAUUCGCGAAAAUCCUAAUAUAUGCCCUGCACUGGCAAUACAAACUUACAUUGAUAAGACGGCGACCUUACGUGAGCAGUCUGACGAUCACCUUUUUAUAAGUAUCCAGAGGCCGUACAAAAAAGUUGGAUCUCAAACAAUUGGCCACUGGGUUAAAAAGAUAUUGGCUGACAGUGGUAUUGAUGUGAGCGUGUUUGGUGCGCAUAGCACCCGCCACGCUUCUACGUCAGCUGCCCACAAGGCUGGCGUUAGCCUAGAUGUGUUGAGAAAAGCUGCAGGUUGGAGUGACAAAUCAAACGUAUUCUUAAAAUAUUAUAAGAGAGAUACAAUUAACUACUCCAAUAACGAGUUUGCUAAUGCAAUUUUUGACAUACAACCUACUAAAUGAUUAGGGUGUCUACAUAUAAGAAAUGUAAAAUCAAUCAAUA